AUGGCAGCAAGUUUUUACCUAUCGUUUGGUCGUAGGCCUGGCCAACACGGCAAUAGCGUUUAUUUGCCUACCGAUGAGGAAGGAUUCAGCCGCCGCGGUGAUAUUCCUCCGAAGUCUAUGGGCCUCAGUAAGGAUAAGGGUGAGGGAGGGAUGCCAAACGAUAUGCAGCCCUACAAAUAUGCACCACAUGGACAGGCCGGAUAUCCGAAUGUCAGUGGGGAUGCGUAUCUGGUCGACUAUCCAGCCAGUGCGACCGCUCGUGCAAGUGAACGUGAUAUUAUUUCUGGCGCAUUCUCGCCAGUCACGCAGCUCACUUACGGACAGGGUGGAGACAAGGGCAACAAGACUGAGGAAUAUAUUGAAUCCAACUACAUGGUGGCGGCGCUCAACAACAACCAUAACCUCGUUGCCGGUGCUCGCGAGAAGGAGGCGAAGCCAAGAAACAUUGAGGUUUAG